UUUUUUUAAAGGGACGCGUUUUGUUUUAUUUUCUAUUAUUAUAAUUAAUAUUAUUGCAAGUGCAUUUUAUUAUCUUUUGAGACUAUGAAGCAUUUGCAAUUUGUGCUUGUGCUGGCCAUCGCGGUCAACGUGUGGGAAUGUGGGGACGCAAAGUUUGGCGAGAGAGGAGAAAUGAGCCCCAGGAGAAGAAGAUGUUACGACGGAAGCUUGCCCAAGCGGCUGAAGAAAAGGGAGCGAAAACUGUUGCUUGACGGCAGCAGCGGAGGAGAAGUUUGCCACAGGCUGUAUCCUCGCGUAUCCUGCUGCCCCACCAGGAGAGCCGCCUAUCAGAUCCUGCACCGCAGGGAUCCCAGGAUUUUCUCCACCAACAAUACAGAAUGUGGACGUCUCCUGGAGGAGAUCAAGUGUGCUCGCUGCUCCCCCAAUGCCCAGGUGUUGUUCCACUCCUUGGACAUGGAUAAGAUGCCACACAGGGAGCCAGACCUGCCACGGCUCUGCCAGAACUUCUGCCGCGAGUUCUACUACACCUGCAGGGGGCACAUACCAGAACUGUUCCAAGCCGAUGUGGAUGAGUUCUGCCAAUACUAUGGGAGGAGAGAUGCCAGUUUGUGUUUUCCAGAUUUUCAACGAAAGCAAUCACAUCAUCAGGAUUCUAACUACUUGGGAGAUGAGAAAAUAGAAGAAAUCAGCAGGAAACACAAACACAACUGCUACUGUGCCCAGGAGGUGUUGAGUGGUCUAAGGCAGCCGGUGGCUGUGGUGCACUGUGGAGAUGGUUCCCAGCGGCUCUUUGUCCUUGAGAGGGAGGGAAUUGUCAGGAUACUCAACCAUAACCUCGAGCUAAUUAAGGAGCCUUUCUUGGACAUCCACAAGAUAGUGCAGAGCGGCUUGAAGGGCGGAGAUGAAAGGGGCCUGCUAAGCUUGGCAUUCCACCCCAAUUAUAAGAAGAAUGGCAAGCUCUACGUCUCCUACACCACCAACCAAGAGCGCUGGGCCAUCGGACCACACGACCACAUUCUCCGUGUAGUUGAAUACACCGUUUCGAGGAAAAACCCAAACCAGGUAGACACAAGGACAGUCCGAGUACUAAUGGAAGUGGCGGAGCUGCAUAGGAAGCACCUUGGGGGCCAACUUCUUUUUAGUCCUGAUGGUCUGUUGCACAUCAUCCUGGGAGAUGGGAUGAUCACUUUGGAUGAUAUGGAAGAAAUGGAUGGACUGAGUGAUUUCACGGGGUCUGUGCUAAGGGUCGACAUAGACACAGAUAGUUGUGCUUCUCCAUAUUCCAUACCACGGAGCAAUCCUUACUUCAACAGCACCAACCAGCCACCUGAAAUCUUUGCACAUGGAUUACAUGAUCCAGGCAGGUGUGCAGUAGAUCGACUUCAGUCAGACAAUGGGAGUCUUGUAAUCCUCUGUACAGAUGCCAGUGGCAGAAACACAACAGCAGGAAGAAUACUGGAAAUUACUAAGGGGGGCGAUUAUGAAAAUGAGCCCUCUGCCUAUGACCUGCAUUCCAGUGGUGGAGCACCACCUGUGGGGGGUUUCAUCUACAGGGGCUGUCAGUCUAGGAGACUUUAUGGCAGUUAUGUCUUUGGAGAUAAAAAUGGUAACCUUCGCAUCCUUCAGAAGUCUACAUCUUCCACAUCAGCGAGUGGUGAAGAGUGGCAGGAAAAAGCUCUGUGCCUGGGCUCAGCUGACUCCUGUGGCACUAUGCUUGUUGGACACAUCUUGGGUUUUGGAGAGGAUGAACUGGGUGAAGUCUACAUACUUGCAAGUAGUAAAAGCAUGGUGCAGUCACACAGUGGGAAACUCUACAAGCUGGUGGACCCGAAAAGGCCUUACACCCCUAAGGAGUGCCAGCAUCAGGUGGAGCCACCGGAGCUGCUGAUGACAGCUUGUUCCAGACACUGUAAGAACGGCCGCUGUACUCCCACCGGCAAAUGCUGCUGCAACCCCAGCUGGGAAGGACAAUUUUGCCGAGUCGCCAAAUGUGAACCAGCCUGCCGCAAUGGAGGAGUCUGCGUGGAGCCCAACAAGUGCCUGUGUAAGAGUGGCUACUCCGGAAACCAGUGUGAGAAGAGCGAGCGGGGUAUGCCCAACGACCAGGAGAAUGGCGGGAUAGUGGACCACAUCAUCGACAUGACCUCGUACCUCUUAGACCUGACCAACCUCCACAGGCCAGUGGAGGAUGAACCGGAGCAAAGUCGGGGUCUCUGCAGCUAUGGUCAGACGACUUCCUGUUGUUUUGGAUGGAAGAAUGUUAACAGCAUUUGUGAGCCGGUGUGCAAGAGAUCCUGCAUAAAUGGGAAAUGUGUGGGACCGGACAAGUGUUCAUGCUCCAUGGGUUAUAAAGGACCGCAGUGCAAUGAAGAUGUGAAUGAGUGCGGUUUGCCGGAGAGGCCGUGUUCCCAGCGCUGCAUGAAUACGCACGGUAGCUAUCGCUGUUACUGUGAACCUGGAUACACACUCAGUGCAGAUGGAUACACCUGCACCAGAGAGGCCGCAUGUUCCUCCCUGCACUGCCAGUUUGGUUGCCAGAUGGAGAGAGGGGGAGCGCCGCGCUGUCUGUGUCCCCCCGGCCUCCACCUGGCUGCUGACAACAAGACCUGUGAAGAUGUAAACGAGUGUCAGCAGGAUGUGUGUCCACCACGGCGGACGUGCAAGAACACUUUUGGCAGCUUCGUUUGUGUGUGCAAAGACGGUUUUGUGAUGGGGGCGCUGGAGGGCUCCGUUAAAUGCCGAGAUGAGGAUGAAUGUUUAACCGGGGCUCACCGGUGCAGCCGCCAUGCUCGUUGCUUCAACACCGAUGGUUCCUACACCUGUCUGUGUUUGGAGGGAUUCUUUGGCAACGGACGCACCUGCCAACCCAGGAGAGCCCCGCAGUCCAAGGCUCUCAUGUACUUCAACUACAAACUCAGCAAAAGGACCAGACUCCUGCCACCUGCAUCUUAGCUCAACUUCCUGCAAACUACAUGGGUCAAAUAAAAAAGGACAUGCAACAUUAA